AUGCGUACCCGCUCGCAACCCAUCUCGCCCGGGGGGUUUCUUUCUCUCGAAAAAGAAAAGGAUGCUCCUCGUCAGACAAGAUCAAUGAGAGCAAGAAGUACUUCGCAUACCAGUGCGCAGUCCAACUCACAAUCCGAUAACGAGGAAGCUCAAACACAACCCACCACGCGGUCGAGGACAAAUAAGAAGACUACGACUACUAAUAAUACAGGAGCAAAGAAGGCUACGGCCACGAAAAAGACUACUACCACCAGGAAGACUGCCACAACGAAGAGAGCCGCCGCUUCCAGAAAGACAGAUACUACCGUACAACCCCCGUCGAAACCAACAAAGGCCCCUGCAACUCGCGCCAUGAAAACCAGGGCGGGGCGGAAGACGACUAGAAGGACUGCUGAACAGUCUCCUGAGGAAGAAUCACGGGAAACCCACGACACUUCCCAUUCUCCUGAAGUCAAAGCCGAAGCCGAUACUACAGCCAACGAAUUCCCUAAGAUUCCCGAUGAGAAUAACGAAGAAAGCCAGAAGUCUAUGGAGGUUACCUCAUCAGCGGUGGAUGCUUUGUCGGAACCUCAGGCCAGCGAUUGUGAGUCCCAACCCUUUCAACCAACCCCUACCCUUACACUAGAGGCCCAAGGACCCGAGGAACACAAGGACGAGGUCAAUGAUUUCGAUUUGGCUUUCUUGACACUGGAAUUGGGGAAUUUCAAUUAUCUUAGAUCACCAUUGUCUGAGUUGUCCCAAACAUUCUCCAUCGACGGGGACGACGCUUUGCAGGUCAUUAGCAAGGAGCUCGAUGCGGCGAUUGCUGCAGAAGAACAAAAGCUUGGCCUCAUCUCCCCUCCUGCUACCCCUACCCGGGUGAACUCAUCUGAUUUGUCGCGAACCGGAAAAUUGUUAGAUUCCUUGGAGCUUUUUUUUCACAGAGGGAGGUCCUUUACAGUUGGCACAGUCAUUGGAGUGGAGUGA